AAACAACUCUCUACUGAGGCCUCUUGCCUUACACUUCUUCAGGCUACACUCACCUGUUAUAUCUGCUGCCUGAAGUUGAACUACUCACUAUGCCGAGCAAGCUAGAGGGUGCCAUGGAUGCUCUUAUAACUGUCUUUCACAACUACUCUGGAAACGAAGGUGACAAGAAUAAGCUUAACAAGGGUGAACUUAAAGAGCUGUUAAACAGUGAGCUGACUGAUUUCUUACGGUCUCAGAAAGAUCCAAUGCUGGUGGAGAAGAUAAUGAAUGACUUGGACUCCAACAAAGACAAUGAAGUGGACUUCAAUGAAUUUGUUGUACUUGUAGCAGCACUCACAGUAGCAUGUAAUGACUUCUUUCAAGAGCAACAGAAAAAGAAGGGCAAUUAAUGUAACACAAGGUUAAAUAUUGUAAUUACAAAUUAUUCACAUAAACCAUCUUAUAUCUGCCAAAAUGUUAACAUAAAACAUAGAGAACAUUUCAGACUUUGUUUAGAAUUUGAACACUAAAAACAUUUGUGUCAUGUUUCCAUGUUCUUACAUUACCCAUUCCUUCUUGCAUUACACAUUCUUUCAUUCAUCCACAUUCUUCUUACAUUUGCAUUUAUUGUUAAAUCUGUAGUUCGAUUAAUUGCCUUCACAGGUUCUGGUUAAGUGGAAA